UUGGGGGAGGUGGGCCGGGAUGAAGGUGCUGAUAACGAAUGAGGAAUGACUAUUCAUGACGGUGUACGUGCCAACAGACGUGGGGGAGAGAUCGAGGUUUCUCUCGAAACUGGAGAUGAACGUCCCGCCUGCAGACAAGCUGGUCAUAGGGGGGGACUGGAACGUGUCCCUGGAUGAAGCCUUGCGGAGCGAAUCUUUCUAUGCAGACAGAAGUGAUGUGAAAGCACUGUUGGAACUGUGCACGGAGCUGGUAGUGGUGGACCCGUUCCCGAUGCUGAAUCCCGGUGAUCCCGGUUAUACUUGGUUCUCAAAUCUCUUCAGGGAUAGGCAGGCAAUAACCAGGAGGCGUUUGGACUUUUUCUUGAUGGGAGAGGAAAUCCAUAAUCGCUGCACGUCAGUAAGACUGCGAUGCAGCCCUCUUUCGGACCACAAGCCGGUUAUCGCUGACAUCUGCCUAUCGAUAGACAACUCCAAAGGAAUAGGUUUCUUCCGCCUUAACAACGAGGUGCUUAAAGAGCCUGGGGCGAGCGAAUGGGUGUCAAAGCACAUGCAAAGUUGGGAGCGUGCGAGGGGUCACUUUGAGGCUACGGCAGAUUGGCUGGAUGGUGGCAUUGCCAUUACAUCAGGGGUUCUUGACGUCAUCUCCAGGAUACUGGCAAGGGAGAGGAACAAGAGAGAGGCGGAGUGCAAGCGGAGAGUGGAGGACGAAGAGGAGAGAUUGGAUGGACAUCCCAUUUCGGUGAUGGUGUGGGCGGAAGAAAGGGAAAGACGUAUGAAGGAAUGGGACAAGCUGCAGGAGGACAAACAAAAAAGGUGGAGUGAUAUCUUGAGGAUAAAGGGCAUUGAGUUUAACGACAAGAUGGCCAAGGAGACCUUUCAAAAUCUGCAACCUCGUAGAGCUCAAUUGCAGAUGGUGGAACUUAGGCACCCGUUCGACGCUGCAGCCCCCUCAGCCUGCUCGGCCUCAGGUAUGUUGCAGUACGCCACCAGACAACCGCAAGAUGGCGGGACCACGGACCUGACAGAGGAAUCAGACAUGUGGACUGACACGAAGGUGAAGCUGCAAAUAACUGGGAGGUUAGCCCUGGACCGUCCGCUCGCAUUGGAGGAGACUAUGCAAACGUUGAAGUCUAUGGCGAAAGGUAAAUCCCCCGGGGUGGACGAACUCCUGGUGGAAUUCUACUCCGCUAACUGGGAAGCGAUGGGACCCAAGCUAGUCGACUUGUACAAUGAGUUACUGACAUGUGGAAAGUUGGGGAAGGGGAUGACUCACGGUGUAAUUUCGGUACUAUUCAAGAAGGGGGAUAAGACUAAAGUCCAAAACUGGAGGUCAACUUCUCUGCUGAAUGUGUCGUACAAGAUCCUGGCAAAAUCACUGGCCCGCAGGCUUGCACAGUACUUACCGGAGUUAGUGAAAGGGGAUCAGGGCGCCUUUGUAAAAGGAAGAUUAAUUUUCAACAAUAUCGUCACGGCGAUCGAGACGUUGGAAGUAGUGCAAAGCGAGGGGCUGGAUAUGACAGUCCUUCUCGUAGACUUGGAGAAAACGCAUGAUAAAGUGGGAUGGUCGUUUGUCCUUACUACUACGCUGAGGUGGAUGGGUUUCGGAGAAGCGAUAUGUGUUGCAGUAGCCCGCCGGCACUCAUUUUCGACUCCAAUCAAACUCGUCGCUACUAUCUUGGGAGAAGUGGGCUAUGGUAGUCGUCGUUGCGUCAAGAGGGAACUUCUAAGGCAAGCUUGCUGCAGCUACUGAGUGAAGAAUUUGCCGAAAAUCGUCAUCGUUGUAAAUCUUGUCGAACAUCGAUCAUCCAGUUUCAUCGUGCUUGUUUGCGUGUGGAGUUUGAUCCUUCUUCUUCUUCUUCUUCUUCUUCUUCUUCUUCUUCUUCCUGCAAUUCCUUAGACUGGUUCUUCUUCGUCCUGGAAUCGUGAAGAGUGGUUCGUCUUCCUGGGACUCUGUGAAGAAUUACUCCUUUUAAUUUCUGCCAAUUGAAGAUGGCGAAGAUGCCAUUGUAUGAUGACAGCCGGCCGGUUCGCAUUGCUGAUGUUGGAGGACAAUUAGAUGGACAGAGAUAAACGCCCACCACGGACAAAAAGAGAGGGGAGGGGAGCAGAGAUAUGGUCUGCUUGCUAGCUGUGCUAGACCACACUGCCUUCGUGUAUUAGACUGCUGUGCGAUUGUUGUUUCGACUAUCUCUCCUUUUUUCUAUCUUCCUUUUUCUUUCUGAAGUUGGUGCGGCACUGUGAGGGAAAGGAAUGGGAGCGAGCGGCAGUUGACGGAAGUGCUGUGCACUUGUUUUCUGCAGAGGAAUAUGGAAAAUCUUUGAAAAAAAAACAAAAAAAAAAGUCGGAAAGACCGAAAAAAAAAAACUAGCUGAGUGUAAUCUUAUUCUCAGCGGAAGCGGCAGGUACUUCGGUGGCCAGCUGCGAUUGCCUUAAGUAAACGAAGCGUAGAUUA